AUGCAUCCAGAAUCGCGGAGAAUCAACACGCAGCUCGGACUGUUUGCGUAUAACCGAUUACCCUUUGGGAUCACCUCCGCGCCAGCCCUUUUCCAUAGGGAAAUCGAGAAUCUGCUUCGAGGAAUGCGGCACGUCGUAGUCUACUUGGACGAUAUCUUGAUAACCGGAACAUCAGACCAAGACCAUGUUGACAACCUGGAGCGUGUCCUUUCUCGACUUGAACAGGCGGGAUUGCGGUUGAAGUUGGAGAAAUGCAUGUUUUUCGAUCUGCAAGCAGAAUACCUCGGGCACAUAAUUGAUGCCGAGGGAGUACAUCCAAACCCGCGGAAGGUAGAAGCAGUCAUGAAGGCGCCACGGCCGAAAGAUGUCAAGCAACUGCAGAGCUAUCUUGGGCUCAUUAAUUUCUAUCGGAGAUUCCUGCCGAACAUGUCUCUGCUACAUCCACUCAAUCAACUCCUUGGUGCAGACGUGCCGUGGGAAUGGACAAGCAAGCAUGAAAUUGUCUUCAUCAAAAGCAAAGAACUACUGACGUCAGCUAAGGUCUGCGUACACUAUAAUCCGGACCUUCCGGUUAUCCUUUGCUGUGACGCCUCGCCUCAUGGCGUUGGCGCGGUACUGAGCCACCGAUACAAAUCUGGAGAAGAACGUCCGAUUGCGUUUGCAUCGAGAAGUUUGGCACCAGCAGAAGUUAAUUACAGCCAGCUCGACAAGGAAGCCCUGGGUGUAGUUUUUGGCGUUACAAAGUUCCGCCAGUACAUCUGGGGAAGAGCGGUCGAGAUUGUCACUGACCAUAAACUGCUGCUGGGUCUUCUCGGGCCAGAGAAGCCGGUACCUUUCCACGGGUCGCCGAGACUCCUGCGGUGGGCACUUCUCCUGUCAUCGUAUAAGUACGAGCUGGUUCACAGGGCCGGGACCCGAAUCACCCACGCGGACGGGCUGAGUCGCAUUCCCUUGGAAACCAAGCCCCAGGAAAUUGACCGCCCCGCGGAAAUAUUCAUGCUGGAAAGGGCAUAUUCGGACAUUCUGUCACCAACCGUUGUGCGGGAAGCGACAACGAGGGACACCAUUCUUCACAGCGUGCGCGAAGCCGAUCUCAGCUUGCAUGAUGGAUGCCUACUGUUUGGAGCAAGAGGGGCUAUUCCCCAGGAGCUCCGCGCGGCGGUACUGCAAGUCCUACAUGAAGGACGCCCCGGAAUUGAAAAGGCGAAAGCUGUUGCGAGAAGUCAUGCAUGGUGGCCGGGGCUGGACAGCGACGUAGCCGAAACCGUCCGAGGUUGUAGCGUGUGCCAGCAACAGCAGAACAUGCCUAGGCGCGUCGUGAUGACUUCGUGGCCGUACCCAGAAAAGCCGUGGUCCAGACUCCACAUCGACUUCGGAGGACCGUUCAAGGGACACUAUUUCUUGGUGUUGGUCGAUGCUUUUUCGAAGUGGGUUGAGGUCAUACCAGUGACGUCACCAUCGGCGACCACAACGAUCGCGUGUUUACGCGACAUCUUUGCGACGCAUGGCCUGCCGGAUACCUUGGUCUCAGACAACGGGCCUGCAUUUGUGAGCAGUGAGUACAGGGCUUUCCUUAAGCGGAACAACAUCAGACAGCUGCUCAUUCUACCAUAUCACCCUGCAUCAAAUGGCGCGGCGGAAAGGGUAGUGCAGACGGUAAAGGCCAAGCUGAAGAAAAGUACUACAGGGGAUUUCAAGACACAGGUCGCCAGGUUUUUGUUGCACUACCGCACCCAACCACAUGCGGUUACUGGACGGACACCAGCCGAACUGCCCAUGGGAAGGAAGCUAAGAACGGCGUUGGACUGUCUUCGCCCUGCCUUGGGGCAAAACGUGACCUAUCACCAGCUGAAACAGAAGAUAUGGCACGAUCAGCAUGCUAGGAAUAGCCCAGAGUUGUUGCCAGGGGAUACAGUCUAUGCUCGGAAUUUCAAACCAGGACCAAACUGGGUUCCAGGUGAAGUUUCCCACAGGACAAGUUCGUCGUCUGUGAACCUUCGGCUCUCCGAUGGUAGCACCUGGCAUAGACAUUCCGACUUCGUAAGGGGACCACAAAACAACAGCACUUCGCAGAAUCCUCCUGGAAGUCCUGUGCGUGCGGGGCCAUCCAUGCCUGCGUCACCAAACGCGGACCUGAUUCCCCCUCCUGCGGCACCUGCUGUGUCGAGUCCUGGGCGGGACAACGUCCGUCCACUCCCAGGCGCAAUUGCUAAUGAUGGACCAUCACAAGCGGCUAUGGCGGCACCGUCACCGCCCGUUCCGCGGCGGUCUACUCGUCCACAACGACCAGUUGACCGCUAUCAGCCGUAA